GUUAUUCUUAUCAGCCGAAAAGCGGUCGAUUAUUUACGCAAAGUGAUAAAAUAAUAGAAAAAUAGUGUAACGAUAAAUAAAUACUCGACAUUUUAGAAAACAGAAUGAGUGAGUUAUUGGAUGACGAUUUGGAAUUUCGUGGGGGCACUCUGCAGUUGACUACAGACAAUAUUGCGCCGGACACCACGGGCCGCGUUCAAAACAAUCCCACGGAUGAUUCUAGCAGCACCAGGGCGAAAUCCAACGCAAACCCAAGUUCAGUAUUAUCAGGUGCGGACUCCCUAUCUUCAUCUACGUCAUCUUUUGCAGAUGCUAGAGCAGGAGAGCAAACGAAUGGCGCAUCGGCGUCAGCGGAGCCUGAGGCUGCGCAGCCGGUAUAUCCUCGUUAUGACGUGCCCUUUGAUCGAGAGAACAUCAAAGACUUCUUCACAUUCCGCCGAGGCGUUGUAGAGAACGCCAUACAAGAAUGCAUCACAGGCUUGCUCUUCCCUGAAGACGGAGAAUAUCUGGGUGCUUGGUUACUAACAGAGAUAACAUUAUGGGACAACGAAAAGGAGAGGAUUGUCAUCCUCACAUCCAGACUGGUGAUGACUAUAAAGUACGACUUUAUAGCGAUGAAACAGCUCGACUUCAAGAAGACCUACCUCGAUGACCUGGACACGAUAGUCAUUGGAGAGCUUGUGUACCCACCAUCCUCACUUGUGCCUCGCCUUAACGGGCUCGCGACAGGAGUGACGACGGUCGUGAAGGACUGCGUCAUAGACCGCCUGUGCCGGCGCCCGAGCAACGCCGACGGGGAGAGUAAACUGUUCGAUCCCAAGUAUUUUGAACCUAGGGAGCGCAACCUUCGCGGCGUGAGGCUGAUGUGGAACAAGGGCGAGGAGCUGCCGCUGAAGACGGUGUGGAACCCCUUCAGCCAGGACGUGCCUUUCAUCACCUUCGCGUCUCACCCCAUAUUUUGGCAUAAAGACGGGGAAUUAGAAGAUAAAGCGACAUACGACAUGGAGAUCUUUGCUCAAAAACUGCAGAGGGCCAUCGAGGCGAUGCCCUCCUCUGCUUGCUGCAUACACCACUCCCCCAUAGUCAUACAGAGCUAUGUGGGCCUCACCUCCUUGCUGCAUAACAAGACCAGCAUGGGAUUCUUUAAAGUCAGAGGAAAGUUCAGCUUCUAAGGCAGAUCCUGAUGAUGCAAAAUGUGGGAUUUUGAAAUGGCGUUAAGAAGAGUAUUAUUAUGAGUAAUGGCGAAGCAAAGAAAAAUGUUAUGUACUCAAAUGUAUAAAUUAGAAAAUUCGCUUUCUACAAUAGGUCUAUAUGGCCGCAUUAGCAUUUUGUAUAUUUGUGUGCGUCAAGUCAAGAGCCAUGAAAUGACUUUUUGCAAAGUUUUUGUUAAUUUUUGCAUUCACCACUUGGACGAAUAAAUAAUGGUUUAUUCAUCCAAGAUUCACCAAUUAGUUUGCUAGCUAAACUCAAAUAAGUAGAAUGCAAACAAUCUGAUUAACUUGGCCUUAUUUAAAUGUAUAAUAUUUAAAAUAUGUACAUCGAAAACUCUAACAUUAAAUAUCUUCGGCACUAGUCAUUGAGUUAUGCGCUCAUAUUGCAAUAAAUGUAAAAUGAUAGAAAUUAUUGAAAAUUAAUACCCUUGACUACAUAAUUCUACGUUUAAAUCAUUGCUGGCGUGUAAAAAACUAAGCAUUGUUGCUAAAAGAUGUCAUUUUGACAAUGUUCACAUUAUUAAACUGUUUAAAUAAUGUUGUGUGAACAUUUGUUUGUGAUUAUAGGAUGAACUCAUAAAUUAGUCAUUUUUAUAUUGUGUUAAUAAAUAAUGUAUAUUAUGUACCUAUAGAAGUAUCUAUAGUGGGUUUAUUUAAAAUUUUGAAAGCGGAAACAUUGCAAGUGACUUGCAGAUAACAUUCUUACAGAAUUGUGUAUGUAUUUGGAGUUAUUAAUAAUAAUUAAUAACUAUAAUUAUUGUUUUAAAUAGCACCUAUCUACAACUAUUGGAAUUGUUAUAAAAUAGUAGAUAAAGUUAAUAAUAAUUAUUUCUACAACAAUAAACUUACCAUUAUGUUGAGAAUGAUAAUUUAAUUUUGUUAUUUUAUUAGCAUUAAUGAAUAAUAUUCUUAUUAAAAAGGUGAUUAUUCACUAGAAGAAUUUGUAUCUGAAAUUGCAUUUAGACACUAAUGCUACCUAGUUACCGCCAAAUGAGUAAUCACUGUUGUAACCCUUCUUGUUGUAUUUUUAAUUAAAGGAAUCAGUGGUGUCAUGCUCAAUUAUUUUGUUACAUGCGAAUGCACCAAGUAAGUGACCACCUUAAUACUAACAUAAUAUUAGGCAAGUUACUAUGUUAAUAAAGUAUGUAUAUUUUAGUUCUGCGAUGUUGAUACGACUUAUCGUUACGAAUACUAUGAUAUAGCGCAAUAUGUUAGCGGCGCAAAUAUUUCCAAUUAUGACAAGGGCAAUUCGAAUUAUGCAUUAAAUGUUAUUAACAUGAGAGUAUUUAUUAGAGGGAAUUGUAGCUUUUGCAUAAUGUAGUGAUAAACUCCGUUGUUAUGUUGAAGUUUCAGUUCUAACUUUGAUCUCGGUAGAGGAAAUCGCUAGAAAAUGUGUAUAUUCACUUUGACUGUCUCAUGCAUUCAUGUAAUGCACACAAGAAUAGGGAUGUCGAUAUCAUUUACUUAUUUCAAAUACCUACUUAAUAAUAUAUAGCUUUUGAUUGGAAUGGAGUACUUACCUAUAAAGAUGAUUAUCUGAACCUCCUUCCAUCAACUAACUACAUUCCUAUACGGCUUUAUAUUGGAACUACUUAUAAAUCUAAUUCCAGCAUCUAGUCAGUUGACAACUUUUGCAAGCUAUUGUGGUGUCGACAACCCUAUUGCUUGCACGAUCUUUUCUAAUUAGUUCUUGAGCAAGAAAUUAUUAAGGAGAUUAUAAAAUAUAAUUUUGUAGUUAUUGCGUUUUUAUAAAUCCGAAUGGUAUAUUUUUUUCAACUUUACUAUUUGUUAUUAUUUUUCUGCUAGCACUAGAAUCAUGAAAAGCAAAAAAAUGAUUUUUAGAAAAGGAUUGCAUAAAAAAUACAGCAUAAUAAAGAUGGAAAACUACCUACAUUCAUUGUUUCUGUAAUUAUUAUGUAACCUUCUGAAUAAUAAAAUAUUGUUAUAGGCCUACUUCUAAUAAAUAAGAGUCGGAGUUAAAAUCAAGAUUAUGGGAACUGUAUAUAAAUGUUCUUUUUUUUUUUCAAAAAUGAAACUAAUAUCAUCACUUCACCACAUGGUUAUUGAUGGCUUUUUAUUUCUCGUUUUGUUAGCGAGUGCCUAUUUCAGACACAUAGACUUUAAAGGGCUACAGUUCUGUUAUAGUUUUAUGUAAUAAAACUUAAGUUAUGUAUUGCUAGUGAUUUAAUCACUGAAAUGUAGGUACCUAAACAUUGAUAUCAGUUGAAAUAUAAAUACAUAUAAUGAGAUAAUAUUAUAUCACGUUUGUUGCUUUUAUGUAAAAGUUUAUUUAUACUUUGAUUCUUGUCAAUAUUGAUACCAUUAAAUAAAUUUUGUCUUUACUAUCUUAAACUAUCAAUAAAUUAAUAAAUCA